AUGCUGGCACCGGUCGUAAUGCCGGUGUCAAAGGAGAGGCGUGCAGUGGAAGAUAGGAUGGCGCCGACCAGCACGUUAGUAGCGCCCCUAGAGUCGAGCAGUACCGCAAGCAAGAAGUCCGGAAAGGCCCAGCUUGGGAAGCCUGCUGUCAGCAUGACGUCAGCAAAGAGCAUGACGUCAAAAUUGAGCGUGGCGUCAGCCAAGAGCCAACGGCCACUAUUCUCGAGCAGUUGGGAGCCCAAUUCGUCGUCAGCAAUAUCGGACGCGCGCUUCGGCGCUGCGCCCGACGUCUUUGGCGACUCGUAUGCCCCGACGCUGACUACUUUGAUCGCCCUCCCGGAUUGCGGGCGCGUGUCCGGACGGUCUUCUUCGGACGGGGAGAGCGUGACGUCACCUCUGGCGAGAAAGGAGCCUGCGAGCGCAUUUGGCAAUGCGCGCCAGAUUGGUACAGCUGUCACAAAGUUAGAAGCGGGUCAGGGUGGGUUGAACAGUAAGGGCUUCAGGGGCGAGACUGAGAUGGAGUUGAAAGAAGAGACCCAAACCAAUGGGUUAAGAGGCAAGGGUUCAAGGAAGGUUAGGGCAGGUUCGGAGGAGGGGCUGCUAGAGAAAAUUCGGAGGAGGGAAAAGGAGUUGGUCGAGAUGGCCAGGUCUGUGCGGAAGUUACAGGAGCGGGUUAAGAACUUGGAGCACGAAAAUGCAGCGCUGCGCAGAGAGGGGAGCGGAAGCGCAAAGGUGGAGAAAGGGGAAGGGACGGAGGGUCUGGUUCGGGAGGUGGCGAAUGAGAGUGCCUUUACGGAGAACGGGGUCAACGUCGAGACCGGGUUUUCUUCCGGUAGCGAAGGUGGAUUUAAGAGCGACUGUAAGACUGAACUUACAGCCAAGAACGGAAGCGGGUUCGAGACAGGGGUCAGCAGUGAAGUCGCGGCUGAGCCGAAGGGACAGGCGUAUCCGCAGGCCAGACGAGUGCCGAGUCGGGAGGAGUGGGUGACAGCAAGGAAGCGGAAAGACUGCGACGGAAAGUGA